AACAGUUUCUCAAUACUUUCCAAUUCUAAAAUGUGCCGUCUUGCAAUUCUUGCUCUUUUCUCCGUUGCAAUGGUGUCUGUCUAUGGACAAGACACCCCACCACCAUUCCUUCGAAAUGCUACUCCUGAUCAACUAAAAAGCUUCCAACAAAUGAUUCAAAGUAAUGGCCACUUGACGGAGACCGCUAUGGGAGCAAAGAUUCAGGAAUGGGUGGAUCAGCAAGGAGGAAAAGUUGCAGCUGAUUGGAAAGACUUCCAAGAGUUUAUCAAAGGACAACAAGGAAAGUCUGAAGCUGCUCAUCAAACUGCCAUCUCCAGUUUCUCACCAGAAGCAAAGAAAGCUGACGCCGAGCUAACCGCCAUUUCCAAUGAUGCAUCUCUUUCUAUCAAGGCCAAGGGAGAUAAGAUCCAAGCUUAUCUUACCACCCUCCCAGCUAAUGUUAAAGCUGAACUCGAGAAGGCUCAAGGACAAUAAGACAAGGACUGAUUUAGUUCACGUUUCUAAUUGGAAUUCUAAAUAUUUAAACUUAUACUCUAAAACUGAAAAUCAUAAACUAUUUCUGCUCACC